GCUUAAUCAACUAGUGCAGGUGCACACAUUGCAUGAUAGGCUGCUCAGUUUAGCUGUUAAAAUUAUAAUUAAUUCAAUGGCGCCAAGAAAAAGACACUUGCAAUUGCAUCAAUUAAACCAUCCAUUUGAUGAUGAUUAUCCAUUUGAAGCAGUAUUGAGUGGUUCAUGGCAACCUGUGAAGCUGAUAAGAAUUGAGUCAGGAACUACAGCCUUACAUUUCAUUCAUACUCGCCAAAUACAAAACCCCUUGUCACCAGAUAUUAGGAUAAAAUCAAGGAAAGCUACUUUAUCUGAUUGCUCCAGCUUUUUACGACCUGGGAUUGACAUUUCUGUGCUCUUAGGCCUUCGAUUCAUUCAUGAUUCAGAUCAAUUUACUUCUAUCCCUGUGUGGGUUGAUGCUAGAAUAGAUUCCAUACAGAGACAGCCCCACCAUCAAUCAAACUGCUCCUGUCAAUUUUAUGUAAACUUCUAUGAUCAACAAGGUUCACUUGGUUCAGAGAUAAAAUCUCUUAACAAAGAGGUCAUACCAAUUGGAGUAGACCAAAUUUCAAUCAUCCAAAGGCUUGAACAUUAUUGUGUAAAUAAGCCUUAUAGAUGGUCUUCAUCAGAAGAUUGCAUUUCAUUAUCACAAUCUAGAUUCCUCUUAGCCAAAGUUUUAAAUGAUCUUUCAUGGUUUGUUGCUACAUCUGUUUUAAAGAAGGUUUCAUUCAACAUAACAUCUAUCCAAAACAAGAUUGUGUAUGAAGUUAUGGGAAAUUAUGCUAAUACUACUAUUAGUACUUCUCAUAUAUAUGUUUUGAACUUUAGACUCAAAGAGGGAUCUGUAGUACCUGUUAUCUAUGAAAUUGAUGCAUCUCAUGCAUUUGAAGAAGAAGAAGAAGAAGAAGAAGAAGAAGUAGUUCCACCAAAGCCAUGUUAUAGAGUUAACGGCCUACGACGUUCGAAUCGCAGGAACAAACAGCCCGAUCGCUACUACGGUUGUGCUAUUGUGAAGUUGGAAGUCGGUAAUUUUAGAACAUGGCCAUACAAGAGAGCAACAUAUGAGAUAGAAGAUGGAAAACACUCUUCAGAUUCAGAAGAGGAUGGUGACAACGGUGAAAAGGCGAAGAAUAAUGUGAAUCACUUCAAGGAGAUUAAAGUUUACACAAGAAGGAAAAAAACCAAUGCAGUGAAAUUAGAUGAUGCUAAUCAAAAUGAUGAUAAAAAAGCAGAGAAGAAUAGUGAUGAUGUGUUGAAUUUGGAUUCAUGCAAUGAGGCUGCAAUAUCAUGUGAUGUAGAAGUUGAUGAUAAUGUUACUUUAAUGCAUUAUUAUAAUUUCUGCAGACAUAAGCUUAAGAGGAAGCGUAUUGAUCAUGGUUUUGAUGACAUGGAUUUUGAAAACAAAUGGGAAGGGAUACAUUUCAGAAAAGGAGUUCAACAGAAAAGAUAUAGUUCGAUUUUGAUGACAAACAAAAGCCAUGUUGAUGAAGAUCGCGAUCAUAAAGGCGGAAGAGCGUUGAAUGCUGAUGCAUGCAAGGAAAUAAUAGAUUCAUACAUGAAGAAUAUUGAUAGCUUACCAACUGAAGAAGAGGUAACUAUUAAUGAGCAUGAGCAGAUGCUGAAAACAAGCAAGUUGGAGCCAAAGGAGGAAGAAAAAGUACCGAAAAGCCAUGAUGUUGAGGAAGAAUUUUUUGAUGAUUUGGAUGUUUUGUGGGAAGAAAUGGAUACAGCUUGGUUGUCAAGUAAUCUUCUUGAUGGAACCGAGGGUUCAAAUGCUGAGAAGAAAGAAUUCAAGAACACUUGUGAACAUGACUAUAAAUUGGAUGAAGAAAUUGGAAUAUACUGCCUUCGAUGUGGCUUUGUGAAAACCGCGAUACGAGACAUUUCUGAAAUCGUUGUGGAAAAUCCAAAAUGGUAUAGAGAGGAAAAAGAAAACAGUGGAGAACAAAAGGAAAAUGAAUCAGAGGCAAAAGUUGAUAAAAAUGAUGAUGAUUCACAUGUGUUCUCAAAUCAUUCUACUCCUCCUGAUGAAUCACUGUGUAAAGAAUAUGACAAUGUUUGGUCAUUAAUUCCUGAACUAAAAGAAAAAAUGCAUGCACACCAAAAGAAAGCUUUUGAGUUUCUUUGGCAAAACAUUGCAGGGUCUAUUGAACCAAAACUCAUGAAAGUUGAAUCCAAAACAAGUGGUGGUUGUGUUAUAUCUCAUGCUCCUGGAGCCGGAAAAACCUUUCUCAUCAUUUCUUUUCUUUUAAGUUAUAUGAAAUUAUUCCCUGAUAAGAGACCAUUAGUCCUUGCUCCAAAAACCACACUCUACACGUGGCGAAAAGAGUUCAAAAAAUGGAAGAUUCCAAUGCCAGUGUACCUAAUUCACGGUCGACGAUCAUGGAGAGGCUCGACAACAAAACCGAUUUUUCUUCCGGGUGUUCCAAGACCAACUGGUGAUGUCAAACAUGUUUUGGAUUGCCUUACAAAGAUACAAAAGUGGAUUUCACAACCAAGUGUUCUUGUCAUGGGAUACACUUCAUUUUUAACAAUGAUGAGAGAAGAUACAAAAUUUGCACACAGAAAGUACAUGUCUAAAACAUUGAGGGAAAGCUCUAAUAUCUUGAUUCUUGAUGAAGGACACAAUCCUAGAAGCACUAAAUCAAGGUUGAGGAAAUGUUUAAUGAAACUUCCAACAGAACUCAGAAUAUUACUUUCUGGCACAUUGUUUCAGAACAAUUUCUGUGAAUAUUUCAACACACUUUGUUUAGCUCGACCGAUGUUUGUCCGCAAAGUACUUAAAGAAUUAGAUCCUAAGUUUAACAGGAGAGGGAGGAUAGCGAAGAAAGCGCGGCAUUUACUCGAGGCACGUGCUAGAAAAUUCUUCUUGGAUAACAUUGCCAAGAAAAUUAACUCGGACAUCGACGAAGAAAGGAUGAUAGGACUAAACGUCCUGCGAAAAAUCACGACAGGUUUUAUCGAUGUUUAUGACAGUGGAAAUUCAGAUACUCUUCCGGGUCUACAAAUCUAUACACUGCUUAUGAAUACUACUGAUAUUCAAAAAGAGAUGCUGCAAAAACUACAGAACAAAAUGUUUGAGUGCACUGGAUACCCUCUUGAAAUUGAGCUUUUGAUAACACUUGGAUCAAUACAUCCAUGGUUGAUAAAAACAGCAUCAUUCGCUUCGAGGUUUUUCGAGGAGGAAGAACUUAAGAAACUAGAAGGAUGCAAAUUUGAUUUAAAAAAAAGUUCAAAAGUAAGAUUUGUUAUGAGCCUAAUCUCACGUGUGGUGAAAAAUGAAAAAGUGAUUAUCUUCUGUCACAACCUUGCACCUGUGAGGCUAUUAAUAGAGUUAUUUGAGAGUUAUUUUCAGUGGGAAAAUGGUAAAGAGAUUCUGUUACUAACUGGUGAACUAGAGUUAUAUGACAGAGGGAAAGUGAUUGAAAAAUUUGAAAAUCCACGUGGAAGUUCAAAGGUACUUGUUGCUUCAAUAACAGCUUGUGGUGAAGGUAUAAGUUUAACAGCAGCUUCAAGAGUAAUAUUUUUGGACUCAGAGUGGAAUCCUUCGAAAACAAAGCAAGCUAUUGCACGUGCUUUUAGGCCUGGUCAAGAGAAAAUGGUGUAUGUUUAUCAGUUGUUGAUAACUGGAUCAAUGGAGGAAGAUAAGUAUAGAAGGACUACUUGGAAAGAGAAAGAGUGGGUUUCUUGUUUGAUUUUUAGUGAGGAGUUUGUGGAAGAUCCUUCUAAAUGGCAAGCUCAGAAGAUUGAAGAUGAAAUACUUAGAGAGAUGGUUGAGGAGGAUAAGUCUAAAGCUAUUCAUAUCAUCAUGAAGAAUGAAAAGGCUUCAACAACUUAAUCAAAAGGACCAUUCAUAAAGCUUGUAGUAGCAGCACAAAGGUCCUUCUUAACAAGCCAGCUUGUUUUUGGAAAGCCCGAUUGUUUAUUAGAAAUUUUCCCUACCAAUUGAAUAAUUGACUUAAUUGUUAAUCUCGGAAUUUCUUGGUGUAAAUUAAUGUUCUUCAAUUUUUGUAGCAUGAACAGAUAUGUUUCGGCGUGAUAGGAUGUUAUCUAAGUCCAACUUAAGUGAGGGUGAUGUGUUGGUGAGUGUGAACCACACUAAGCCUAAAAUUUGGAGAGCAUAUAAAAUGAAGAAGAAGAGAGAGAAGGAGUGGAAAGAGUAGUGGUCACCUGGCAUGAAGUUAGUAAUUUCCCCUAAGAGUGGAGGAAAUAUCAUGCAUUAAGCAGUUUUUAUUAACUUAGCGGUUAGGCAGUAAGGGAAUAGUUUUAUCUCUAUU